UCCAUUACAUUUACAAUCUCACAAUUUUUUGCAUAUCACUUAUACCUAGAGUAUCAGUUACCAAUGUCGGGGAUUGCCUAUGCGUGUUUCGUAUGUUCCGCUCGCGUAGUCUAACACGUCAGGCAUAGCAUCAGCGGGCGGAAGUCGGGCUUGUAAUACAAAUGUUGCAGUACGGGUACCUGAAGCAGAGUGACUCGCCUAAAAUUGGCGGAAAUCCAGGCUGACGUCACUAACGUUGGUGACCUCUGUUCUGUUUCCGCGGGUAGCUUAAUGCUGCAGGCCAUAAUUUGCACCAUCACGCUCAUCUGUGUACAUAUAGUGCAAAAUGUUCGAAAUACUAUUAUUUCGUUUUAAAACUGAAAACCCGGAUCUUACUUAUCGGUGCCUAGACCGUCCAAAUCCGGAUCCACGUAUCUGCACGAAAACAAUCGCAAUAGUUAAUGCGUCCCAUCAUGCUCACGUUUAACCGGCGUAAUUUCUAAUCAAUGACCUUUGUCAUAUACUUCCUCUUGUAUGCAUAUGCACGCGUUUGUGCGGUGUAUGUCUGCUAGUGUUGAUUACGCCACCUUUAAAUGACGCUGUUAAGUGCCUUUAGACAUUAGUGGAAUAUAAUCCCAUUUUCCCGGUUUAUUCCACGGCUAACUAAUUUGUCGAUUCCGGCAUUUGAGGCAAAGCACUAUAACAAUCGCGACUAUCCUUUCACAGCAGGACAUUCGCUAAUCUCUGCGCGCAGUCGUGUGCAUUACUGUUUUCUUUUAAAGUGUUAUAUUUCCAGUGCACAUGAUGGAUUGUAAAAGUCCCGUGAUUGUGUGUCUUUUGUCGCUGUGUAUGGUCUUACAUUGCUUUGGAAACGCUGGAACGUAUUUUAAUCUGAUCACUCCCCGGUAUUGCUCUACAAAACUGCCAUCCUCCAAAAAAGACAGUAUCAGAGAAAGUUAUUUGUUACUUCGAUCCGUACUGAAAGACAUCCGUAACCCUCACAGAGCAGAAAAUGUGAACUAUGAGCCGUCAGCCUCCCUUGACUGGGGUCUAGGAAGGUCACAGUCAGGAUCGCGCGUGGGAACCGGCAUGGUUGCACUGGAGGACAGCCAAUCGCAUUUGUCUCCCGGGCGGAAGAAGCGUGUACUAGGCAGACACAGGGCCAUGGAAAGAUCCAGUGUCACCACAAGGGAAGGAAACAACUACCACGCACGUCUAAAGACAAAGCUGACGCACAAUCUUCCUUGACGCCGCCACAGAUUGUUGGCUGCCCUUAUUGUUAUUGUGAGACCACAGUUUUAUAUAACCGUUUGUGCCGGAACCUUAUUAAUAUUGACGCUACUGGCUUAGAAUCUGAUGCUGCAGGGCCGUGUAUUUUGUGUUGUACGGUACACCAGCAGCACAGCAACAGAUUUCAUACAAAAUAAUCCGUUCGAAAUGAAAUUGCUGUUAA